AUGUCCAUCACAACAUCUGUCACACAAUUGUUGGGCAUCCAACACCCCAUCCUGCUGGCGGGCAUGGGUCAGACAUCGGGGGCACCCUUGGCUGCUGCUGUCUCGAACGCUGGUGGACUCGGCGUAAUCGGUGGGGUGGGAUAUACCCCCAAAAUGCUUCGGGACAUGAUACAAGAAUUGAAGGAAAGCCUCAGAGACCCCGCAUUGCCGUUCGGCGUCGACUUGCUCAUCCCACAAGUUGGGGGAAGCGCUCGCAAAACCAAUCUUGACUACACGAAAGGCACACUGGAUGAGCUAGUCGAUAUCAUCAUCGCUGAAAAGGCCAAAGUUUUCGUCUCGGCGGUUGGCGUUGCACCCAAAUACAUUAUCGAAAAACUUCACAAACACGGCAUCUUAUAUAUGAACAUGAUUGGUCAUCCAAAGCAUGCUCACAAGGCUUGCCAGGCAGGAGCAGAUCUCAUUUGUGCGCAGGGUGGAGAAGCUGGAGGGCAUACUGGAGACACAGCUACUAGUGUACUAAUCCCAGCUGUUGCGGAUAUUUGCAAGAAGUACACCUCUCCACUAACCGGCAAGCCUGUCCAAGUCGUAGCUGCAGGCGGGAUCUAUGAUGGUCGUGGUAUUGCGGCCGCUCUCAUGCUAGGGGCUGGCGCCGUCUGGGUUGGCACUCGAUUCGUCACAGCAAAGGAAUCCGGAGCGCCAGAGGUUGCAAAGCAAGCCAUUAUCAAGGCCGACUUCGACUCUACUGUCAAAUCCACCAUCUGGACUGGUCGACCGUUAAGAGCCCUAGCAACCCCAUAUGUUCGACACUGGGAAACGGAACGAGCACAAGAGAUCAAAGACCUGACUUCACAAGGCAUCAUCCCUCUCUACCAUGAGUUUGAGAAGCUAGAGAAAGAGAAUGGAUUGACUGAGGAAAUCGAGGACCAGUCGACUUUGAGGCCCAUGGGACAAGUAUCCGGAUUAGUGAAUACACCAAACCAGAGUGCCGCCGAGAUCGUGAAGGAGAUGAUGGACGGAGCAAUCAAGGUGCUCGAUUCUGCCAGUGGCUUGCUGAGACCAUCAGCAAAGCUUUGA